UUGAGAAUCGCUGUCGCUACUCCCGAGCACGGCGUGCCGCCAGUGCGCUAGAUAGUCGGAUUACCAGGUAGCCGGGGCGCGGACGGGUUUGCGCCUCACCAGGCGAUCGAAUUGGCACGAUGCUCAGCUUCCGCCGUGCCCUCGUGGCCGCGGCCUUCUUUUUAACUAUCCUCUUCUUCACGACACGAUCGACCUCCCCAGCAGCCUCGUCACUGGCGGUCGAGUUUCCCAAAUCGCCUUCCGAUCCCGGCUCGAAAGAUGACUCGCAAUCGACGACGUCAACAGACACAGGUAAUGCCGUCCACGCCGGCGGGAACGACCGCGACCGAACCCCCUCGAACGGGCAACAGCCGAUGCAUGACAUGUCCAAGAUGACGCUGCACGAAAAGCUCGCGUACCAAUUCCCCUACGACGUCGAAUCCAAGUUCCCCGCGUACAUCUGGCAGACGUGGAAGUGGACGCCCGCGCACGGCGAGUUCCACUUUCGCGAGCAGGAGGCAACGUGGACCGAGCUGCACCCGGGCUUCAUCCACGAGGUCAUCACAGACCAGGUCGCCGUGUACCUGAUCCGCCUGCUGUACGCAUCGGUGCCCGAGGUGGUCGAGGCGUACGAAGCGCUGCCGCUGGCCGUGCUCAAGGCCGACUUCUUUCGGUAUCUGAUCCUGCUCGCGCGAGGUGGCAUCUACUCGGACAUUGAUACCUACGCACUCCGCAGCGCACUGGAGUGGAUUCCGGAUACGGUGCCCCGCGACACCGUCGGUCUGGUGAUUGGCAUCGAGGCAGACCCGGACCGGCCCGACUGGAACCAGUGGUACAGCCGGCGGAUCCAGUUCUGUCAGUGGACGAUCCAGGCCAAGCCUGGCCAUCCGGUCCUCCGGGAGGUGGUCGCGCGGAUAACGCAGAAGACGCUGGAGCGCAAGAAGGCCGGGUCGCUGAAGGAGGUGACCAACGAUCGCGUCAUCGAGUUUACGGGUCCUGCGCUAUGGACGGACACUAUCUUCGAGUACUUCAACGAUCCGCGGUACUUUGACCUGAGCCAAUCCCCCGGGCCAAUCGAUUGGAGGAACUUCACGGGGAUGGAGAACCCGAGGCGAGUUGGGGAUAUCGUCGUGCUGCCGAUUACGAGCUUCUCGCCGGGCGUGCAGCAGAUGGGUGCCAAGGACUACGACGACCCGAUGGCGUUUGUGAAGCACGAUUUCGAAGGUAUGUCCCCUUUUCCCCCGCUUCUAGCACUUUUUUUUCUCGCCCCUACAUGCCCGUCGCUAACCUGGGUUCGUGUGCACAAGGGACCUGGAAACCCGAGAGCGAACGGCAUAUCGGCGAGUAGCGGGACUCUCCCGACAUUGCUGUCUAUCUUUGAUGAUGUUCUUUCUGCUUCCCUCGGCGACGACGCACACUCUCUUUUAAUAUCAUUUUACAAACCUGCAUGGUUCGGCGUUAUCAUGGUUGUCAAACACUGCAUCAUUUCCGGGUGGCUCCUGGAAGGCAGAGGAAGGAUAGAAAGUGUACAAAAAACUGCGGUUUGCUCCCAUGUCAGUCUUUGAGGUCUUUGUACUGUACGUGCACGACAUAGAGUAUGCCUUAGGAGGUUGAGCACCAUGCUCGGGCGGGGAGCGGGAGAGGGGCGGCCCGUCACAUGUUGACGGAAAGGGACCGCUUUUAGGUGGGUAGGAGGAGGUGAUCAAGAUAUCGCUAGGGGAAUUCCGGAUGUUUUUAUCAACUGCGCGGUUCUUACUGUGUAGACUGGGGCGGCCAGCACCUAGUGGAGAACUGCUAGGUUAGUCCUUUUGACCUCGGUCCUAUGCAGUACCCAGUCUUAGAGGGUUAUGUAUGUAUGUACUCCGUACUAAUAUGUAUGUACACUAUGGCCAAUUAAAAGGCUAGUAUUCAACGAGAGCACUUUCGGC